CCCUGUCCCUUCCAAUGGAAGUUUUGUUCGUCUUUUUCCAAUUCCUUUCUACUCUCUCUCUAAAUCUUCCUAGAAAAAAUGGCCCAUUUGCCCAUUACCCUUCUUCUCUAUCACUACCAGAUCCAAAUUUCUUAUUCUUUUUUCUUUUUUUUCUUUUUUAUCUGAUUUCCUUUUCCAUCUAAUUCUUCUUCACCCAUUCCCCACCACUUUCCCCUGAUUUCUCCUUCAUGGGUCGUCUCUUUUUCUCCGUUUACCAGAGUGGAUUUCAUUUCUGGAAAUCUUCUUCUCCGCCUGUGACUCUGAGUGCCCAGAUUUUGACAUGGUUCUUCAAGCUUUUAAGGUCAUCGAGAUGAAUUUCAUUCUAUUAAAUGGAGUUAACAGUGUCACUUCAAUGUGAAAUCUCGUUACCAUUUUUGGGGGGAGCUCUGCCUGAGGUAGAUUUUAAACUGAUUAACUGUACUCGUCCCUUUUGUGGAUUCGAUCCUUGUGCAGACUCUUAACUUUUGCAUAUGAUUCUUCUCAAUUUAUUAUGCCUUACAAAAUGUUAUCAUUGACUGUAUAUACCAAAAGUAUAAUGUUGGAAUUUGAAAUUAUAAAUGGUUUUGGUUGUAACUUAGAAAGUUUUAGCUGGAGUUGAUCAAACCAAAGUAUGCAGUUGAGAUGUACUCAGUAAGUUAAUUAGGUAAUUCUGUUAAAUUUUAUCACGAGCCUACUUGUACCAAUUAAUUCUUGCUGUCCUUUUGUCCUCAGGUCCUAAUCUGCCAGAAUAUCCGGUAAAGCUUUUGUGUUAUUUAUGGAACUUCUUGGUAUUGGAGCAAAUAUGCAGGGUUCUGGCAACUAUCCAAAUUUUUAUUUCAGUAGGGAUCUAAAAGGAGUUGUUGGUGGAUGUAUAUGGCCUCAAAUUAGUGAGGAUAAAAUGCUGAAUGGUGGACGUAACACCAAAAGUUUCUUAUCACCAUUGUCAGCUGGUCUGUAUGUUGAAUGUGGCCGAGAAGCACUAAAGCAGAUAAUGCUUAAGCAAGAAGCGAUUUUUAGGGAUCAGAUUUAUGAACUCCAUCGCCUCUACAAAAGACAGAGGGAGUUUAUAGCUGAGAUGAAGAGGGAAUCUCGUAAGCAUGAUAUGUGCAUCACUACAACUCAGUCUGAUUUUUAUAAGUCUCGGGUCUCUGCAUUGUGUGCUCAGGAUGCACGUAACUUCUCUGUAUACAGUCAAUUAUUUAUUUCAGGUGAAAAAACGACCUCAUUACUUUCAAGGUUAGGGAAGAACACUCAAACAGGUUCUGACUCUCCUCUGAAUGGAAUGAGUUCUAAGAAUCCUUAUUAUUCAGAAUCUAAGACUAAGAUUUUGAGGAAAGGGAUGUUUGAUCUUGAACUUCCAACUGACAGAAAUUACUUGAAUAGCCAAGAUGAAUUGACAAAUGUGUCUGAGAUGUCAAGCUGUCAUCUCAAGAGAAUGCCUGAGAUUGUUCAUAUUAGUGAUAGACAAUUCAAGUAUGAUUCAUUAUUAAAGAAAACCAAGGUCUCGGUUGAUUUAAAUAAUCCUCCUAACUCUGCCGAAGAAUCGGCCUGUAGAUCCAUUGAUUCAGUGAAUGCUUCUGGCCACAGGGAGAUCCUUUUCCAUGAUUUAUAUGGCAAAGCCAAUUCGAAGUUGUUUGGUUUCUCAGAGCAAGAUAGCAAUGGCAGAAGGAAUGGACUCUCUACCAAUGGCUAUUCUGAACCAAUUAGCUUUUAUGACAGAAGCCAAAGAUAUCAACCCAACAAAGAUAUUGCAAAUUCAAGUCUGUCAUCAUCCACUACAUCUGUGACAAAAUCUGCACAAGGCCCUAUAGGACACCAUAUUUUAGAUACCGAGAGUUCCAAAAUGUUGGUAGAAAAUGCAAUGCUUGCUGAAGUUGAUCUCUGUUGUGUUAAGAACUUGAGGCCUAGCUUUGGGUCUGAUAGUGUCAGCCCUGUCGAAGGAAGCUUCUGUAACAGCUCCAAGUCUGAGAUAGUGAAAGAAGAAGCUCGCCCAUUGUUCAAGGCUUCUGCAAAUUGGAUGGAAGGUCAAAUUGAUCUCAACGUAUGCAUAAACGAAGAGUUUUUGGCAACACCUUGUUGCUCCACUGAAAUGAAACUGGAGGUACCCGUGAGUCCAGGAAAGGAAAACCACUCUUCAACUCCAGGAGAGUUUGGUGAUAACCGGGUGGAGUCACAUUUUCUAGAGUCAGUUGGAAUCGAAGAUGAUGGAAAAUCGUUGGAGGACCUCAGUACGAUUGCAGCUGAAGCUUUGGUUUCUAUUUCAUCAUCUGUGGCUCAAAAUUAUCAUAAAAUCACCGGUUGUUCGUCUGUUCAACCUUCAUUUGAAUCCUUAUGCUGGCUUGCUGAAAUAGUUUCUUCAAUAGGAGCUGAUCCAGAGAAGGAUGAAUUAGCCUUGAAAUGCAAGGAUACUGACUCAGAGGAGCUUUUGGCAGAUUUCAUGGAUGAAUUUGAGGUCAUGACACUGAAGUUGAAAGAAAUAGAAGAAAAAGGGUGUUCCUUGACAGCAAGUAACCACCAAGUGGACGCAUUAAAAAACGUUUCUUCACCUUCAUGUCAACCAGGGAAGGGGCGUGCAAGGCGGGGUCAGCGCAAAAAUUUCCAGACAGAAAUUCUUCCAAGUCUUGCAACUUUGUCGAGGUAUGAGGUUACAGAAGAUAUUCAGAUGAUUGGAGGCCUGAUGGAAGUAGCAAGUUCUCAUUCGAUCGCCGGUGUAACGAAAACUACAUGUAGAGGUAGAAUGACAGGGACGAGAGGGAAGAGACGGUUGUGUGAUUCAUCUUCAAAAACUACAGAGACUGUUAUAAGGUCAACCACGGAUCAAGUAAGCAGUGACAAUGAACGAGAGAACAAAGAAAGAAAGGUAAUAGUUUGGGGAAAUAUUACUCGGCGACGGAGAGGGCAGAGAUAUCCUGCUCGUAAUAGAAAAAUUAUCUUAGGACAAGUAUAGUAUAGUUGGACUUGUCUUGAGAAGUUACUUCAAAUAAUUAUAUGUUAUGUGUAAAUUAUGCCGAGUUCUGUUCUACACUCCAUCUUGAGUCGAUUGUUUGUUCCAUUUAAUACAAAAUUAAAGAAGGAAGCCACCAUUCACCAUGUACAUUUAGACCAUACUUUUGUAAAAUAAAGUCAUCUCAUGCUGGUUUGGUUAAUGAGUCAUGGAUUACAGCCAA